AGGGAACGCAAGACCGGAAGGGGCCGAUACGUGGCCACCGAAGGGCGGGGCCGGACUGGGCGGGGCCCGGCGGCCCUCCCGAAAGUGGAGGUUUGCUGGAGGCGGUUACCUAGGAAUCCCGAGUAGUUUGAAUGUGUGGCGACCUGUGCACUGGUGCUUGGUCGGUGCUAUCUCAGCAGGAGUGGGACCCCCGAGGCCUAAGAAACAGGCUUUUAUCUGACUCGGGACUCCCCGGCAUUCAUCGCUUCCCUCCAUAACCGGAUAGCAGUUAUUUGGACUCAGCCUCAGACCCAGGGGUCACAUGCCAGGAAGGAUGGCCCCCCUCAAGAAGCCUCGAAAUGCCGCAAGGUUGCCCCUGGCUUUAAACCCCCUGAAGAGCAAGGACGUGUUGGCAGUGCUGGCCGAAAGGAACCAGGCUAUAGUGCCAGUUGGGGCCUGGGUGGAACCUGCCUUGCCAGAUAGUUCGGAAGUCCCAGCAUAUACUUCAGCAUAUAUGAUUGAAGAAGAACUAAAGGAACAACUAAGAAAAAAACAAGAAGCUCUGAAGCAUUUUCAGAGACAAGUCAAACGCCGAGUAAAUCAACAAAUCAGGUUGCGAAAAAAGCAUCAGCUUCAGAGAUCUUACGAAGCAGCAGAAAAAGAAGGCUCUAUAGCCAUGCAGUCCUCAGAUCCAACACAUUUAACUCCUAAAAGAACAAGUGUUUUUCCAAAGAACUUGAAUGCUGCAAUUGGAAGUGCUAGGUUACCUCCUUCCCAGGUGCUGGGGGAUGGACUAGAAGAUAGAGAGAAUCAGAAUGAAUUACUCCAACAACAAGCCCAGGCUCUUAGUCAAACCAUGAAACAGGCUCGUCACCGACUGGCAUCAUUUAAGACUGUGAACAAAAAAAAUGUGUCAGUGUUUCCAGAUGGUAGAAGAAAAACCUUUCCCCACCAAGAGGAACCUGACUCUGAGGAAUCUUCAUCUAUUUUGAUAGAUAAAAAAGGGAGAGAAAAUUUGUUUUGGGGAGACCAACAGGAUCUCCUUUCUGAAGACAGGGACAAACCUUUCAGCAGAGUUCAGAAAGCACAAUUCAAAAAUCCAUUAUUUGCUGUGAUGAAAGAGGAAGAGCAAAAGCAGUUAGAUCUUCAAGGCCUUCAGGAUAUUCUGCCAGAAGCCCAGGAAUAUCUUCCAGAAGCCCAAGGUGAUCUGCUGAAAAUCCAGGGUGAUUUGACAGGAGUCCAGAGUGUUGAGCUAGAAGCUAAGAGUAUUGAGCCAAGGCUCAGCACCCAGGUUGUUGAGGUGGAAGGCCAAGCCACUGAGCCUGAAGCCCAGGCUGUUGAGACUGAAAUCCAGACCGUUGAGCCUGAAGCCCAGGCCAUUGAGCCUGAAGCCCAGGCUGUUGAACCUGAAGCCCAGACCACUGAGCCUGAUGCCCAGGCUGUUAAGAUAGAAACUCAGGAUAUUAUGCCAGAAGCCCAGAAUAUUGAACUAGAAGAUGGGAGUAUUGUGUCUGAAGUCCAAGAUUUGCUACCCAAAGAACAGUGUGUUCUUCCCACAGACCAGAAUGUUCUACUCAGAUGUCAGGACCAGGACUUUCUACCUAAAAACCAGGUUUUUCUACCCAAAGACCAGAAUAUUCUACCCAAAUGUCAGGACCAGCAUGUUCUCUCUGAAGACCAGAAUAUUCAGUCCAAAUUUCAGGACCAGGAUUUUCUACCCAGAGACCAACACCAGCAUUUUCUAUUCAGAGACCUGUGUGUUCUCCCCAGAGUACAGGAUUUUCCACCCAGAGAUCAGAAGGCGAAUUUGAAGCAGCCAGCAUCAAUUUUGACAGAUAGGAGAGGGAGAGAGGUGUUUCCUCUGGAUGCCCAUCAGGAUCUUCUACACAGCAGUCAAGAUCAGACCUCCAUCAGGGACAAGAAAGUACGCUUCAAGCAGUCAUAUUCUGAUAUGUCAAGUGAGAAAGGGAGAGAAGGCUUUUCCCUGGCAAGUUAUCAGUACCUGCCUCCUAAACUCCAGGACUAUACCUUCAUCAGAGAUCAGAACAAGUGUCUCAAGCAACCUGCAUCUCUUGAGAAAUGGGAGAUUGAAAGAAGAAUUGUUUCUGGAGUGCCAUCGACCUUAUGCUUCAGGCAGCAGCCAUCUGUUGGGACAGCAGAAAGAUGGCAAGAGGAUUUGUUUCUGGAUGGCCAUCAGCAACUUCCACCCAAGCACCAGAGAGAGGCUUCUAGCAGAAGACAGGUGUAUGGUGAAUGUCAGUCAAGAUUGAACACCGAAUUCCAAGUUCCACUGGCAUUUCAGUCUGGAGUAGAUCAAGAAGAAGACAAGAAAGAACGUCAAAAGCAAUACCUGCGAUACAGACGACUUUUCAUGGAUAUUGAAAGAGAACAAGUAAAAGAACAACAAAGGCAAAAAGAAUAUCAAAAGAAAGCUGAAAAGUUUUCUGUGGGUUUGAAGCUGUCCAGAGGAAAAAGUUGGGGGCAAAGGUAUAGUUUGGACUCUCACCGUCAGCUCCACCAUGAAGAUGGCUCUCCACCACACUUGCCAGAAGAGGUCCCUAAAAUCCUAGGGCUUUGCAAGAGGGAAGCAGCUGGAUUACUAGGAACUGCUUUUCUAGCAGCUUCCCAGUGUGGCUGGAUUCAGAGCCAGCUGAUUGGGGGAUGUCAGGCCACAAAGGUGGAUAGAUUCAGUUUGUCUGAUACUGAGAUAAAAAUAGGCCCUAUAUCUUAGAUAGCCCUGCUAAGGUGCCUCCAUGGAUAUGAGUAAUGGUCAGACCCAGGGGAUCAACCAGGGCUUCGAAAGCUAGACAACUGGAAAACCUGGAGCACCAUGCCAAAGGUUCUUUUCCUGAAUCGCCUUUUCCUACUGAGAUGAGAGAAUACAAAAUGAAGCAGUGCUCAGAAGUCUGCUACCGUCCCAGUGGGAGCAGCCACCACUCAGGCCUGAGCGGAAGUCUGUGGGUGCUGGGCACUGUCAGCACCUGGCUGGCUGGUCUGCACAGGGUUUGCGCUGGUGGGCCAUGCGGGUCCAAGUCACUGACCUCGGACCGAGAGCACCUGGGGUAAGUCCUGAUCCCACACUUGUAAGCUGUGAGGCUGAUUCCCAUUAUUCUUGUUCACAAAAACCAGUUUUCUUCUCUCCUGCCUGCCUUCUUGAUGGGCUACAAAAACUGAAAACAAACCACGAAAGGGCCUUUCAACUCUUAAAGGCCAGUGAGAUAUCUGUUAUUAUUACUUUGUAGGCACAAAACAAUUAGUUUUGCAACUCAGCUAGAUGGUUUUUAGGCCUUGAGUAUAUUUUUAUUACGAGGUUGUGUGAGUGAAGUCCUUUAAACCUCUGAGGAAGCAGGAUUGAGAUACCUUGAGAUGCUCAUUUUCUCCUGAGCAAACAGAGAAUGGCAGAGGAUGAUGCCCUUGUGAUAUGCCUUAACCGAUGAAAUAGAUCCCCACAGGCAAGUGGUGACACACUCACACUGUCCAGAAUGUCAGCGUCCUGGCUGAGCCAGCGCUGGCAGCUCUCUGUCAGAGUGCUGCAAAAGAGGGAAGCAGGACCUCCACUCAGUCCAGGAUAUCAGCCCAUCGGCCUUGGCAUCUCAGGGGCAGCAGAGCAGAACUGGCAGAGUGGGACGGGAGCAAUGCCUUUGGUUAGUCUUCAGGAGGAGGGGGUUGAGUUGGCAGGUAUAUGCUACAGAGAAAGACUUCACUCAGUGCCAGGGAGAACUUUCAUGUGGCCUGUCCAAGAUGCAGUGGUUGCACAGAGCUCCCCAUACUCUGACUCAGCUCCAUCACCCCUCCUUGAAGAGCAGCUGGGGAAGAUGCGCCAUUGACCAGAGAGUUGGAUCAGAUGAUAUGCUAGGUCUCUUCCAACCUUAACAAUAUGAGCCACUUUUAUCUAGCAGUGAAUCUGAAUUAAUCCAUGCUCUGCUUCCUAGCCAUGUGGUCUUGGACAUGUUUAUCAGGUUUCUGAGCCUUCAUUUUCUUAGCUAUAAAAUGAGAUUAUCAACAUCUACUCUGCUUAUCUCACAAGGUUGUUUUAAGGCUCAGCAGAAAUAAGCAGUGAUUCCUGGUGAAAUCAUAAAUGUUCUCACGUGACUCUCAGUACUCUGCACACAGUGCCAGGCUGACCAAGUGAGUGCCUGGACUGGCUGUCCCAUGGUUCAGAGCAAGGAUCACAUGUGCUCAAGGAGUCAGCACUAAAUCAGAUUUCACUAGCCAUCCUCCCUCUGUGGUUACCCCUUUGGCCAUUUUUGUCUUCUUUAUCCCUGUAUCGGCUCUUCCCUUCUUUCUUUCCCUUAUAUUCAUUCGUCUAGUACUUUCCAAGAGGUUAUUAUGUCCCAGACAUCUGCUGGGCCAGGGGGAGCAUGUAAAUUAUUGCCAGUCCUGCAAAUGUGGUGCAGGGAGAAUACAGAGAAGGAAUGAGGUCAGCAGUGCUCUUAGAGAGGUUUGUGCUGGGGGCUCACGGGGUGGCAGUCUUUGGCAGGGCAAGGCUGGAGGAAGGGAGGCUAGACAGGGGAAGUGUCACGAGGAAUAUGACAUUUGGGCCUGUAUUUGAAGAACAGAUGUUGAUUUUCCAAAUGGAGAAGGCGAAGGGAGGGCAUGAACAAAGUGCACGUGGAUAUGAGUGUUAAAGCCCCAUGGGCUUUGCUUCUCUGCCCCCAUCCUUAACCAGCUCCUCUCCUCUGGUCAGUUCCCGCACGUAGCUUCUUUCUAAGCAAAAAGACUUGAAAACUAAAGAUGGUUUUUGGAAAUACUGCUUGCUCAUUGAGGGCUGUAAAUAUUACUAUGAAAUAAAGACAGUAAUUCUCAACCCUGGCUAUGUACCAGAAUCACCUGUGGUUUGUUUUUGGUGUUGUUUUAAUUCAGAUUUCUUGGCUCCACCUUUCAUGUAUUCUGAUUUAGUAAGUUUGGGGCAGGACUGCUGAAAUUGAUAUGAUCUGCUUUUACACAUUUGGAGGUAGAGAUAUUGUCACAUGAUCUUUGUUUUUCCAGUUCUCACUAAAAACUGCACGUGUUUUAUUGCAGGAAGCUCAGUAUCACCUAGUAAAGAUUCUCAUCUAGCUUCAGUUCUCUGAUAAGCCUAAAGGCUUAGAAGUUCUAAAAAAGUGAUGGAACUGCCGUGGGUGGGGUUAGCCCAGCUUCUGUUCCCAGAGGGGAUAGAAUGGACGAUGAGCCGUUCACUACUUAUCUUCCCUGUGCCUCAAUUUUCUCAUCUGUGAAAUGGAAACUAAAACAGUUCCCACCUCAUAAGAUAGUGGUGAGGACUAAAAGAGCACAGAGAACGUCAUAGCACAUAGUAAGUGCUCAGUAAAUAAUGGCUGUCAUCAUGGGGGCGUCAAAGCCUACCUGGUGAUUACUGGUGUGGGCUCUGGAGCCAGACUGCCCUGGCUCCCAGCCUGGUGGCUACUCUCUGUAUAACCUCCACAGCUCAGUUUCCUUCUCUUUACAAUAGGGCUGGUCAUGACUCCCUCGCAGAACUGUUAUUAAAUGUGAUUAAAUGAAUGAAUAAGUGCAAGGCACUGAGGUCAUUGCUGGGCAAAUAGCACCAGAGAAAUAUUAGCAUUUAUCAUUACUUCUGCUGUGACCUCUCACUGCCUUACAGCGUCACUGUUGGGCCCUCGUCCUACCUUGUCGUCAGCUAGUGCUUGCCCGCUGCUCCUAGCAGCCUUUCAGGCCCAGCUGUGGCCCUUUGAGAAGGGACCACCACCUCCCCCUUUGCUACCCGUAGCCCACUGUACCCUGACUUGGUCUCCUAAUACAGCAGUUCAUGUACGCAGGCUCCUGCCAGGAUGCCGGCCGGCCCUGCAGUGCUGAGUCAGGACUAGUUCCAGCUCCUGUAGCUGGUGGAGCCAAAGCCUCCAUUCUCCCACCUUCUUCCCCACAGAGAUCCACCCUGGGGUCCACAGCAUUUCUGUGGCCAUCUUGGAACCUAAAGGGUCUGGGCACGGCCCUGUCCCCAGCGAAGGUAGUCUUUUAAAGGACGUUAGGGUAAUUCCUGGGGUCCCCACAUCCUACUUUGUUCAAAAGGCUGCUUGCCCUUUGGUGCCACGUGAUUGACCCUCAGUAAGGAUAUUGCCCGAGAUAACCAGGUGCCGACACACACUCUUCUGGUGGAACCAUUGUUGGGGAUUUUAAGGCGCUGUUUUGCUUCUUGGAGAAGGUGAAACCCACACAUCUAAUCUCUGCUUGGAAUCUGUGUUAUGUAUAAUUAAAAAAAUUUUUUAAGUUUAUUUAUUUUGAGAGAGAGAGUACAUGCACAUGCGUGCAUGAGUAGGGCAGGGGCAGGCAGAGAGGGAGAGAGAGAAUCCCAAGCAGGUUCCAUACAGCACAGAGCCCGACAUGAGGCUCAAACUCACAAACUGUGAGAUCAUGACCUAAGCCCAAGCUGAUGCUUAACCAAGUGAGCCACCCUGGUGCCCCUGUAUUAUGUAUAAUUUUUUUAAACCCAAUGCCUGAUUCUAAUAUCCAGCCAAGGUAGAGAAUCACUGAGACAAGAAGACUGAGAUGUAAUGGUUGGUAAAAGUCACCUCUACAAGUUGGGAGGCAGGCUUAUUUCCUGGAGGCUGCCAUCCGUCGGAAUAUUUUGAUCUAGAGUAUUGGAGCUAAGUCUGUCCUUCAAGAUCAGCUGACUCAGUGAUUCCCUCCCCAGUGUGCAGCAGAAUCACUGAGGUGGUCUGCUUAUCAUACAGAUUCUUAAGUCUUGCUGAUUCAGUAAGUCUGGGAGUCCCAAAUCCUAGUGAGAUGCCCUAGUGGGAAGGGGCCCGUGGGGAGGGUGUGGACAGAGUGGGCAGAAGGUUGCCCUUAUAGUUAGCCUAAGCAGGGAGUUGUACGAGACCGGGGAGGUAUCCUGGGUAGGUAGUUCUCAUCAGAAGGUGGAAACAUAGUGCAGCUCUCAAAGUUAAAUCUCAAAUCUCUUGUCAAAUACUGUAUGCCCUGUGUGGCUAGCAGGACAUAUUUGCAGAUGGAAGAAAAUGUAUGUCCAAAGUAGGAAUCCCUAUAUCAUAACUCUCCAUGGGAGCAAGGUGAACCCCUGGGGAUGCAGGCUGGGGAGACAGCUGCUGCUGGUGGGCAGCAGGGAACGGCUUGGGCCCUGAUCACCUCAUGGCUCCUUUCUGUCACUGGUGACCACAUGAGCCCAGGGGCAAAUGUUCUUCCCAUCAACACAUUCUCACGUGCUGCUGCCAGCACUGGCUUCAUUUUCCAAAUGUCCAAGGAUAUGAGGCCGAGCAAGCCUGAAUGAAGUCAGCAGGAGCUCUCUGGAAUUUUUGAGAAGUUGAGCAAAUGCCUGAUCACACCUUGAAUUCUUUGUGUGAAACCUUUAGCUCUGACCUUUCAUGUCACCUUUGCCCCUGGCUCACUGCACAUGGUUUUGUUUUUCAAGCAGUGCUCAUUGUGAGAGGUAAAAGAAUAGGUAAAAGGAAGUCAGUAAUUGCAGAAUUAAACCAGGCUCAAAUGCUGCGGCCUCCAAAGCCCACACCUCAGGAGUCACUCCCACUUCUCUGCAUUCUGGCAGUGACCCUAAUGUGUCUCCUGACCCCCAAAGGACUCACUUUGUGACAAAGAACUCAAGUCAUGGGACAAGAGCCUCUGGGGUAUCACCAUUUCCAGUAUAAUGUCAGAAGACAGCCAACAAAAGUCCUUUGCUCACAUGGUCAUGUUUUCAAACCUCUGACUGCUUCUCAACUUUCCCUGGCCUCCUAUUGGGCUAAUAUUUGGGAGCUGAAACAAUAGCUUUACUGAAGCAAUGGUGGGCAGUUCCUGGAAAGUCAUGUGAAUGUCUGAAUUGAACCAAUUUGUCAAAGACCAUUUUCUGUUCAUUCCUCACCUUCCUCACAUCCAAUGGUGAGGUAGAGUCCCCAGAGCACGAUAAUCCUUUCCUGAGAUACAAUGUAGAGGCUCCUAAGAAAAUGAACAAAGGAGAGGCUAAUUUUGGCUCUUCUGGGACUAAAGAAAAGAAAAACAGACAGGCAGGUCAGGUCCAGCUCAAGGAGGCCAGGGUAGGUCUUGUUUUGUAGUGCCAGGGUAUCUGCUCAGAUCACCAGGGGAUUUGGAGAACAAUGCAAGGGGGUGGAGGGUGGGGGGGUGGGGGGAACGGAAACAGAGCCUUGGCCCUCCCUGGCUGUAGUGACCAAAGCCUUAUCCAGGCUCUGGAGAGUUCACUAAAAUGACUGUCUGUGGCUUUAGACUUGAAUUUUGUUUUAAUGGUAAACUCCUUACCACUCCUUCCCAUCUAAAUUAUGAAUGAAUUAAGAUUCAGGGAUUUCCUACAGACCCAGCAGUGGCUCAGGCGCUGCAGGGCUCUGUGAAGCCCUGAAAGUUGUAGGCUAAUGUUGGUAUGCAGCAGCACUUUUUUCUGGGGUGAGGUCCUUGGCUUUCCUCGGAUUCCCAAAGGCAUCUGCCGUCCAAAACCGUGCACCUCCAGGAGGAGAGUCUAUCUCCCUCCUCUAGUCCCCGCCAGGCACAGCUUCUGCCCUUUAUGGCAGUGCUGGUCGGGUUUCAGUGUGCAGUAGCUUUAGCUGGGUAUGAUGUUAAAAUACAGAUUCUGAUUCAGUAGGUCUGGGUGGGGCUCACAAGUCUGCAUUUCUAACAAACUCAAGGUGAUAAGCAGCUCAAGCUGCUGUUCCGAGGAUUACACUCUCAAGUGGCAAAGCUUGAUGGCAAGCAAUGAUUCUCUCACCCCAAGCCUGGAUCACGUCCAUAGGCUCUUACGUGGUCUCUAUAGUUCACUGUGCCCGUGGCCACUGGAGUGAUCUCAGUGCGCAAUUCUGAUCUUGUUCUUCCCCCACCUUUGCCCUUCUGUGGCCUCCCUCCCCAGCCUCUUUGUUCAGUAAAGUCACCUCAGAAUCCAUAAGCAAAACAUUACAUGAUUUGUCUUCAUCCUGUCUUUUCCCCCGGUGUGCCGCUCCAUGAGCAAUUAGUUCCGUUCAUGCAGGACUACGGAAGAUCAAGGACUGAGGGCAGGGGGCUGUGAAUCAGAUCAGUGUCUGAGCCUUGUUCCUGCCACUUACUAGCUUUGUGACCAUCUGAAAUCCAGUUUUUUCAUGCGCAGAAUGGGAAUAAAAAUACCUACCUCAUGGGAGUAUCAUGAGGAGCAAAUGAGACAUUGUAUGUAAAGCAUUCAGCACGGUACCCACUCACAGCCACUGCUCAGUAAGCAGUAGCUGUUGUGACUUAAUCAUAAUAUGCCCUAGAAUUUCCGUUUGUCACAUGAUUUCCUGGUUGGAUUGUUCUCCUAGUUCCCCUUUUCAGCCUGCAUCAGAUGCCACCCCCUCCUCAAAUCCUUCCUGAUCCCCCUUCCUCAGUCACCAUGCAGUCUUUGACCUCACUUGUAACAUUGCGAGUGAUUUCUUUCUAUACUCUGCCUACAAUGCCCAGCAUAGUUUGGGGGCACGUAUGAAUAGCUGUCACUAAAAAGUUUUAUGAAACUGGGUUGUGUUCUUAUUUAUUUCUUUUUUUUUUUUAAUUUUUUUAAUGUUUGUUUAUUUUUGAGAGAGAGACAGACAGAGCAUGAGCCGGGGAGGGGCAGAGAGAGAAGGAGACACAGAUCCAAAGCAGGCUUCAGGCUCCAAGCUGUCGGCACAGAGCCCGACGCGGGGCUCGAACCCACGAGCCAUGAGAUCAUGACCUGAGCCAAAGUCAGACGCUCAACCGACUGAGCCACCCAGGCACCCCUAUGUUCUUAUUUCUUUUUGUCGUGUAUGUAUUGUACAUACUUGUAAUCCCUACUUCUUAACCACGAUGGAUAUAUAUGUAUUCUCCUUGGAGAGAUUUGUUUGGUUAUUUCUUUUUCACUUCCAACUAAUUUAAUCCUCCGUAAUAUCUAUAAAUUCUGCCCUGACAAGUUGCAGAUCUCAAGAGGGUAUGAGAUUAGCAUGGGCAUUACCUUAUAUUGAAGUCACUUCACUCCACAAAUGUUUUUAUGGGCAUCUUCCAUGGACCAGACACAAUAAAUGACAGUAGCGAAGAUCAUCACAUUUGCUCGGCAGCAAUACAGUGUGUAGCUUUCCUUAUGGAGGCUCUGGCUCCAGGACAGCUUCUGCCAUCCAGGAGAGGACAGGGUCUGUGCUGAGGCCUCCCUCUGUAAGCCCCGUUGUGUGCCCUCAGGGAACCCAUAAAUACCAGGGAUGUUCUGCUGUAGAUCCAGACAAGGAUCCCUUGAAGCUAUUUCCCAACUCUGAAGUGGUUUGGGCAGAAUAUUCUACUCCUCUGAAAAAUCAGUCCUUUUGAGUAUUUGUACUUUUAUCCCAGCCUCAAUUCCCUAAUAAUGAAGGCCCUCACCCAAGUAGACUCUAGGGCUUACAAAGAUUUUUCACAUACAUCAGUGAGACUGGUCUUUGUCACAGCCCUCAGAGGUAGAGUGGGGUUCCAGAUCCCUAUUUUUAAGUUGAGGUGCCAAAAGCUCAGAGGAAGUAAGGAAUAGACCAAGGUCUUGUGGCAAGCAAAUCCAACACUCGAAACCUGAAUGCAGACCUGCCGACUACAGGUCCAGCAAUUCUUUCUGUUGUGACUGAAUCUUGGGUCUCUUAGCCAGGAAAAGAUGAAGCAGGAUAGCAAAACCACCCCUCUGCUGCGUACUUUCAGUGCAUUUCCUGAAGCUGGGAGGGCACCAGUGAGGGGACAGCUGGGGGAGAUGUGGAGCUGGAGGGAGGGUGGCCCUUCUACCAUGUCAGCAGGAGAGGAAGCUUGAACAUAGAAGAUCCCUGGCCUUCCUCCUUGACUCUGACCUCACGGACUGCAGUGGGCCUCGCAGAACUUUCUGGUCUGUUGGGAAAGGAAAUGGCCUCCACCACGUGGGCCUAGGCAGGGAGGCAGCCAACAGGCAUCCCCCUCAGAAGACAGGUGAGCUGAAGUGGGCGGAUUUUCUUGUCAUAUGUGACUUUCUGUGGCUGCUUCCCAUCAAUUUUCCCUUUUAGCAAAGCUAAAAUUUAAAUUAGGCGUCUUGUGUCCAGCUUGAUAGUAGCACCCGUGAUUCAUGAGAUUGCCAAGGGGAAAGGUGACUCUCAGAAAGUCAGUGUGUGAUCCAACUGCCCUCCCACUCUGGAGGUGUCUCUCCAUUGCUACCUUCAGGAUGCGGGAUAAUUUUCAUUGAGACAAUCCACGAGUUUCCAUAGGUGGGGGAGAUAGAGAUUCCAGAAGUCACUUCUAGGUACCUUUCAGGGAUUGGGGUUCAGAAGCUUUAAGGUCCACUUCCAUCCCUGCUUCUAACUAAUAAGAGUGUUUGGGCCAGUGCCUGGACCUGAGCCUCUCUGCUGAGAGCUGUAAAUCAUGAUGGGUUAAGUGAUUUCAGCUUUGAUGCACAUCUGCAUCACCCAGGGAGCUUUUUAAACUAUACCUAAGCGGGGGCCCUGCCCUCAGAUCUUUAUUCAGUUGGUCUGGGUGAGGCAGGGGACUGAUAUUUUUUACAAGGUCCCCCAGGUGAUCAAUAAAGGUGAAGAAACGGGAUAGGUUAAUCUCUGAGCUCUUCUGGAGACCUGUGGGGGAGAACUCAUGUCCAUCUGGUCCACAUUCCGCAGUUCACCAUGUGGCCGUUCCAGCCUUUAAACUCAAGGCCAUGAAAGACCAGAAAGCACUGUACAGAGGGCCACUGGCCAAGUCCCUUAUUUUAAAGUGGCAGGGGAGAAUGCUCCUAGGGAGCAGUGUGUUCCAGGCACACAGGAAGGCAGGGCAAGCAGUUUGUCCAGGCAUUUGGCCCCCAAGUCUGUGGUCCUGUCUUAAUGCCACACAGCUCUGAAGGAAGCCCAGGAAAUUACUGGAGAGCAAGGUAACACUUUUGCCCUGUUUCCCCAGUAAGCCUUUCACCUAGUGGUGCUUUGGAGUCUGGUGAAUAAUUACUCAUUCCUUCUGCACUGAACUACAUAUCCAAACUCCAGAGAAGCAGAUUAUUCUUAUCCACAGAUGAAGAAACUACAGGUGGAAAGAUUGAGACUUGCCCUGGUCACACAGCACGAUAAUAACAAAGGCUGUGUAAUGGAAACAGAAGCCCUUGUUUUUCGUGGAGGAAAAUCCCUUCCUUUUCACCUUGACUUAGCUGUUCAGAAGCAGCAGGUCUCCGAGUUAGCAAGCUCUGCUGAGAAGUGGGGCAGUCCUGUUGAGGUGCUUCUGCCCCAGAAGAAGAGAGAGCGCCUUCUAGGUGAAGCUUCUCUAGUGGGGCCACUGUGCUUCUGGCACCUCAGUAUCUCUCACAUGUUUACCCUUUCCCUUUCCCAUCCUGUCCACUGGUUUUCCCUGCCCUUCUAUUCAGGACGAGCUGUCUAGGCUGUUCUAAGCCACAUCAUUCCACCUGGAAAGGCAAAAGGGCAGGAAAGCUCCCACCAGGGCAUGUAGGAGGUGGUGAGGAGGAAGAAUGUUAGGCCUUCCGUUCUCCUGUGGGUCAGCAAAAUAGCUGAAGAGGUAGGUGCUCCAGCAUGAAACCAUAGUGGAAACUCCUGCUGGCUCCUGCAAAGUUUUACGUGUCACCACACAUCCAUAUUUAUGGCUCCUUACAAAGAAUGAAAAGACUAUUUUCAUGCAAAUCCACUAUGUUAAUGUAGAUUUCUUUCUAGCUUUGCUCAAUGGAGAAUCAUUUCUGAGGUCCUGCUGUUGUUUCACUCCCCCUUCCCACUCAGCUCUAAAUUCAUUAGCAGCCACAGAAAAUGUGCUUCCAGAAAAUGUGCAUCCCAUAGACAUGUGUCAAGCAGAGAGUUUGUCCAGCCCAGCAAAGCGGCUUUGUGUGGCUUUGGUUUGAAGGUCCCAGCUGAUGCUUCCCUUUUGGGAAAUUACAAACUCUCCACCUAUGGAAGGUUAAUGGAUUGGGCUAAUGAAAAAUCUGUUAGCGCAAGCACAGCAUCUAUAGACCCCAUGGCUAGAAUAGCCAAGACAGUGGACCAGCUCAGUUAGGCUUGGGCCUCUGCCAGCUGCCUGACCUUCAGCAUUCUGUCAGUACUGCUCUGGUCUGGCUUUAACUGACCUCUGUCAUGCCAGGUGUGGCCACCAGCCUCUAAGCUGGCCCCUAGUGACCCAGUUCUCUUGGUAUUCACCCCUUACACAAUGAAGAGGGCUGGUCCUGUGACCCAUAGGAUAUUGUAGACUGCUGGUGUGUGGCUCCCCAGGUGAGAUCAUUAACAAAAUUGCAGCUUCCACGUUGGGCCCUUUGAAUUGCUCACUCUGGGAAGUGAGACCUCCUGUUGUGAGGACAUCCAGGCAACACUGUGGAGAUCAUGUCAGGAGGAACCAACUUCCAACAUGAACUUGCCAGGGACAUGAACGAGUCAUGUCCAGAAAUGGAUCUUUCAGUGUCAGUUAAGCCUUUAGAUGUUUCUAGCUCCUCAGCAUUUGAGUCUCAGCUGAGGCCCCAGAUAUCAUAGAACAGAGAUAAGCUGUCCCCACUGUGACUUGUCUACAUUCAUGACUCACAAAAAUAAUGGGAUAAGUCUUUAUUGUUGUUUUCUGCCAUUAAGUUGUAGGGGUGAUUUGUAACGCAGUAAUAGAUGACUCCAGCCUAAUUGUGUAUGGAUAUGAGCCAUUAUAAAAUUGUAUCUGCAAAAUGAAUCCCACUUUAUAAAGCAAUCGUUCAAAGGUGGAUUCUUCUAUACCUACACUCUAAAUUGUAUUCCUGUAGUCAAGUAUUCAUAAUAGAGGUGGGUUCUCCACCUACAAAUACCAAGAAAGGCUCAAAUACACCUUGCUGAUGGAGGGGAAAUGCAAAGUCCCCUAAAAGAGCCCUCACUUGAAGAAGCAGUAAACACGCUUAACUCCUCUCACCAAACCUGUCUUUAGCCCCUGGGAAUCUGACUUUAGUUUCUACCACUUGUUUGGAAUCAUCUUCUCUCCAGUCAUCAGGAGCCUCCUCAUCUAUAACUCCAGGAGUCUAAGUUCUGAUUCUCCUGUAACUUCUUGAUAGAUCUCCUCUUUGAUUUCCUUGAUACCUUUGUUCCUCAGUGGUCCACCUACUGCUUCCUCUAUUUUACUGGCAAAUCUUCCCCUGAAGCCCCUUUUCAUUCUGGCCUUCUCUCAAGAAUUCUUCCAGACUGAAGAGAAAUGGACUGCUUCGUGAAGGAGUGAGCUUCCUGUCCCUGUAGGCUUUAGUAGAUACAGGGUGACCAUCUAGCAGGGAUGUUCUGAGAGGGAUUCUAGAAGUGGUCUCUGAACCACUAAUCAGCAAUAUACAUUCUGUAAUUUUUGAAAGGCUUAGGUACCAAGAUACCUUUAAGAAUAUUGAAGGGAUGCCCGGGUGGCUCUCAGUUGGUUAAGCAUCCAACAUUGGCUCAGGUCGUGAUCUCGUGGCUUGUGAGCCUGGAGCCUGCUUCAGAUUUCGUGUCUGCCUCUCUCUCUGCCCCUCCCCUGCUCAUGUUCUGCCUUUCUCCCAAAACUAAAUAAACGUUAAAAAUAAAAAGAAUAUUGGAACCAGGACAGUUAUAAUCCCAGAAUUCAAACUCAUUAUAGAGAGUUGGAGCUGGUUAGGUUCUUUGAAAUAAUCUACAUGGUCUCAUUCACUAAAAUUUCAACUCUCUCUGUAGAGAUGACUCCCAUUGUUUUCUCAUGACUAGAACUAUUUUCCAAAAACUAGUCCCAAGUUCCCUCCAGGAACCUGUACAUCUACCCCUGGGUGUAGCCCAUGCCUUUCAAACUCAGGCUGGGUAAGUCAGAUGCACUGUCUUCUUCUCCAAAUCUAUUUGUCCUCUUCACUUAUCUCAAGCACACUAUCCUCUGGUUGAGUCAUCUUCUCUCUCUUUCCCCUGUCCUCCAAAUCUAUAUUUUAUCAGUUGCUAAGACUUAUUCAUUCUUUCUCCUUAAUGUCCUUCUCAUUCUUUCCCUCUGUAUUAGUUAGGGUUCUCCAGAGAAACAGAACCAAAAAUGUGUGUGUGUGUGUGUGUGUGUGUGUGUGUGUAUGUGUAUGUGGUAUACAUAUGAUUUAUUGUAAGGAUUUGGCUCACAUUAUUACUGAGACUGACAAGUCCCAAGAUCUGCAAGCUGGAGAUGCAAGAGAAUCAAUGGUUUAGUUGUAGGCAGAACCAGGAUUGCUGAUGAUAUAGUUGCCAUUCAAAGGCUGGCAGGCUUGGGGUGCCUGGCUGACUCAGUUGGUGGAGCAUGCAGCUCUUGAUCUCAGGGUCGUGAGUUCGAGCCCCACGAUGGGUGUAGAGAUUACUUUAAAUAAAUAAACUUAAAACACACACACACACAAAGGCUGGUAGGCUCAAUACCCAGGAAAAGCCAGUAUUUCAGUUUUAGUGUAAAGGCAGGAUGUGACUAAUGUCUUAGCUCAAAGCAUCCAGGGUCAGGAGGAGUUCCCUCUUACUAUUGGGAGGGUCAGCCUUUUUUGUUCUAUUUAGUCCUUCAACUGAUUGGACAAGGCCCAUCUACAUUAGAGAAGGCAGUCUGUUUUAUGUAGUCUACUGAUUUAAAUGUUAAUCUCAUCCAAAAACAUCUUCACAGAGGUCCCCUGAAUAAUGUGCACCGCAUGGUCUGUGAAAUCAAGUUGAUGCAUAAAAUUAACCAUCAGACCCUGCUACCCAUCCCCAUAGCCUCUGCCCUGAUUUGGGCCUAUAUUAAUUUGCUACCCCUGCCAGCACUUUUAGUUUCUCAAACUAUAACUAGACUCAAGUCCCAGCAGUCCCCAAGUAAGAUACAAAGUAUGACCUAUGAGGAGAUACAUUACACUCCAAAAAGAAUUUAUAUGUAUAGAAAUCUAGAGAAUACAUGUAGAAUAGGUCAUAAAAGGAUAGGAUCAUAGUGGAUGGAAUAUCAAGUUGGAUCAGGCAGAAUUUAUUGGUCUGUGCCCACUCAGCAGAGACUCCAAAUUCAGUCUUUUAGAUUGAGGGGUUAGAAGAGUCUUUAAUAUGUUGGUUAGUUGACUAAACCAUGGACCCGAAGGUGGCCUAUACGAAAUGAAGUUAAAUGCCAGAACCUCUUUGGCAUAUUGUAGAGGAAAGUACCCGAAAGCUUAGAGAGAUUGGUACGUUAGAAUGAACUUACCAUGUAAGACCUGUUCACCAGCUCUGGGAGGGUCGAGGACACACCUUUCACCACCACUGUGAAAAACUUGUGAGGGGAGCCUCAGCAUUCUUGAAGAGUCCUGUAGUCACCCUUCUCUGUAGGUCAAACAUUACAGUAGGAACUGCAACCACCAAAUUGGGAUUCCUGAUGCAAUGAGGAUAAUGGGACUCUGGAAUGGCAGGUACUUAAUCAACAAGAAAAGAGGGAUGUGGUUACUGUAAUUGGAUAACUGAGCCAAAACAAUAAUCACAAUAGUCUGACUCAUAGAGACCUAUGGCAUUUGGAUAAUAGAUCAUGGUUCCUUUGUGGAAGACUGAGAGAAAGAUUAACAGUAUAAAAUUCUGGCAUUGUAGCAGGGUCCUUCCUCAAGGAAACCUGGACUCCACUUCAAGAGGUUCUUGGUCUAUAAAUUGGCUCC